AGGGGAUUCAAUACGGAGUACAAAUGAUAGGCAGAUCAUGGUCUGUGUGCCUCUUCCCCCGGAUGGGUAGCCUCGGAAAACCACGGGGUUCCGGACCAGGCACCUUCGCAUCUUCCUCGGGACGCUUUGCGGUUGAUUACGUUCGGCUGGUCGGCCGUCCAUACCUUCUUGCUCCGCAACUCUCUCCGGAGACUGGAAUCUCUACGCAACCUAUUCUUUUACUUACCGUACUUAUACUCUAGAUCCCAACUAUAAUCAGUGUGCUCUUGAAGCAAUUAUCGUUAUCUUUUUCGUCCCUUCAAUUUGUCCCCAGCUUUCGCGAUGAGCAUGUCUUGUAGCUUGGGCCCCCUCAUGCGGAGGAGUGUCGCGUCCGGCAGUUUGUGCCACUCGAUCGGCCGGCUCUCACAAUCAACACACCGCGCCUUUUCGACGAGUCUGCGACGUGAAGAUACAUGGGGUUUCAUCGGGUUAGGGCAAAUGGGCUAUAACAUGGCCAAGAACCUACAUGCCAAGAUUCCCUCGACCGAUACACUCAUAAUCCGUGACGUGAAUGAAGAAUCAACUGCACGCUUCAUUAAAGAAGCCCGUGAGACUGCCAAGAGCACUGGCGCUACUGAUGUCCUGCCGAAGGUUGUGGUAGCUCAGAAUGCAAGGGAAAUUGCGGAGAAGUCGAGCGUGAUUAUCACUAGCCUUCCGGAACCGCAGCACGUCAAGGACGUUUUCCAUUCUAUGCUUCGACAAGGGCCUUUGCCUGCUUUGGACAAAGAACGCAUAUUUAUCGACACGUCGACGAUUGACCCGGCUUCUUCCAAGGAAAUUGCAAAUGCCAUCCAUACAACCUGCCAAGGGCGCUUUGUCGAUGCGCCAGUCUCUGGUGGAGUUGUGGGAGCUCGAGCUGGAACCUUAUCCUUCAUGUUUGGAGCCUCCUCUCGCACCGGUGAGCUUGUGGAGCGGGUAAAGCCCAUUCUGCUUCUGAUGGGAAAGAAGGCGUGGCAUAUGGGUGCGGCGGGGACCGGUGUCUCAGCCAAGCUCGCCAACAACUACAUCUUAGCUAUCAAUAAUAUCGCCACCGCUGAAGCUAUGAACCUUGGUAUGCGCUGGGGUCUCGACCCGAAGGUUCUGGCCGAUAUGAUCAAUACAUCCACUGGCCGAUGCUGGCCAAUGGAAGUCAACAAUCCUGUCCCCGGCGUCGUUGACGGAGCACCAGCUUCGAGAGACUACGAGGGCGGAUUCGGGGUUAGUCUCAUGAAUAAGGACCUAAGACUAGCCCUCACAGCAGCGAAGGAGUCUGGAACGCCCUUGGCCUUGGCAGAGGUUGCUCGCGUUCUAUAUACCGUUGUCGAAGCAGAACAUCGUGGGAAGGACUUCUCGGUGGUGUACAAGUGGCUGCGGGAUCAGUCACAACCGCAAUGAUGGCACAAUAGGAUCAUCUACUCGUUUUCAGGGACCUCAGCGACGCUUACACUAGACUCCCGUAGGUGUACUUCCUAGCAUGCUUUAUGCAGCCGCAUCUUACCUUGUAUAUGAUGCCUUCUAUUGCCGAGC